AUGACAGUUCGUUUGACAGGUGCUCUACUAUCAUCGUACUACAUUUAUUUGAUAUUUUGUGUGGCAGAAAAUAGAAAAUAAUUCGGGUUUUUGGCCUGUGAAAAAUUGUUUGCUGUAAAUUUUAAUCAUCAUGCUUAGCGGAACCAGACGAAUUCUCUCAACAGCCUUGAGAAAUGUCCGUGGAUUUCAAUCAUCUGCCACAGUAUGCAGCGAUCAUUUGUUCGUGCAUCGGGAUACACCUGAAGAUAAUCCGAACAUCAAAUUUGAGUUUACCGCAGAAAAUCAAAAGCGUGUUGAGGCCAUUUUAAGCAUUUACCCGGAAGGUCAUAAGCGUGGUGCAAUGAUUCCAUUGUUGGACUUGGCUCAGCGUCAAUACGGCUGGUUGCCAAUUUCAGCUAUGCACAAAGUCGCUGAGAUUCUAGAAUUACCAAAUAUGCGUGUUUAUGAAGUGGCCACUUUUUACACAAUGUUUUUACGUAAACCAACUGGAAAAUAUCACAUACAAGUGUGCACCACAACACCAUGUUGGCUACGAAACUCAGAUGUUGUUCUCAACACAUGCCGACAAAAAUUAGGAAUCAAUGUUGGUGAAACAACAAAGGACAAAAUGUUCACCAUAUCUGAAGUCGAAUGCUUGGGUGCUUGUGUUAAUGCUCCGAUGAUGGCCAUAAACGACGAUUACUACGAAGACUUGACGGCCAAAGAUACCGAAGAAAUUCUUCAGGAUUUAAUCGAUGGAAAAUCACCACGGCCUGGUCCACGCAGUAAUCGAUAUGCUUCGGAGCCGGAAGGAGGAUUGUCUUCGCUCACCGAAGAACCAAAGGGUCCUGGUUUCGGUUUGCAAGCCGGUCUUUAAGUGAAUUCACUCGCUAAUUGUAACAUUCAACAUCUCCGAUUUUUAUUAGUUUGUAUCAAAUAAAGGCGUCUGAAAGCAUUAAAGGUUUAAAUUUAACAAUCUAUUAUAGUAUAA